UAGACAACAAAAAAAGACAAUAGUAUGGCUUAUGAUAGCAGGUAUGAAAGCUUAUCGCGUGAUGUGUUUCCUCAUGCUGAAGCGGAAUGCCACGACAACUGCUGUGCACACAAUUUGUUUUAUUCAUAAUGCUAGCAAGUACGACAAAAUCGUUCAGUGAUACGUUUCUCUCUACGAACUUCUUCGACAUACAAAAGAAAAAGCGUCCUUUAUGCACACGGUAGUUGAAUAUUUUAGGCGCGACGUCACCACUUCAUUGUUUUUGCAUUCGGUACGCUGGAAGAGAAAAAGAGCAAAUCAGUAUUAGUGCGACUGGCAGCGAGUAUUGGUCACUCGUUUGUUGUGAACCCAUAACUGAUUGUAAUAAUUUUUGCUCUGGCCAAACAAUGAAAAGGCACCUAAUGAACAUUCCAUUGAUUUUCGCUCUAGUUAUAUAUUAGGACAGAACUCAACGUUCUUUCAUUGCAAUCCAUCAUCAUAAGACAAAGUACACCAUGAGCAUCCUUAGUCGACAUGUUAAAAUUGGCUUGUAUGCGAUUGAUGCUUGGCCAGGAGUUUCAUCGUCUGGACUUUUUUUCCUCGUGAUGGCAUACAUGACAUUUAGUUUAAUAUUUCAAAUUUUGAACACGACUGAGAUGAUAACCCAAUUGGAUUUGUUGAUGAAUAACUUACAAACAACUAUGCCAGUGAUUUUAGUUGUACUAAAAUUAUCUGUAUUUCGUGUAAAGUGUAGAAGUGCGAGACUUAUAAUAGCUGACAUGUUGAGUGACUGGAAAUGUAUUAAUGAAACUAAGGAGCGAAAAGUUAUGAUGAAGAAUGCUAAAAUAGCUUUUUAUUUGUCAAGUACAAUUGCUAUCUGCUACAAUGGACUUAUACUAUCGUAUCUUCUAAAAGCUAUUCUCGCUUAUGAAACUGAAAAUAUCUAUGACAGAAAAUACGUCAUGCAAGCGACUUUUCCAAUAAAUGCCAAAAGUUCACCUGUAUUUGAAAUGCUGUGCCUGUUCCAAUUCACAGUAUCGGUAUUUGCUGCCAACGGUCAUGCUAUUCUAGAAGGACUACUCACAACCUCCGUCUUACACGCGAAUACGAAAGCUUUUGGUGUAUGUCAAGAAAUAACAAAAUUUGCCAAAAGUUGUGAAGCUAAUAAGAGUAGGAAAAACAUCGUAGAAGCUAAGCGAAGAUUAAUAAAACGACAUCUCUAUUUUAUAAACUUUGCAGAAAAAAUUCAAGAAACUUACGCGUACAUAUCGUUUUUUCAUUUAUUUUUAAUGACUUUGAUUAAUUGUAUAGUAGGGUAUAUGUUUAUAAACCUCACUAUAAAUAAAGAUAAUAUUUCUGCAUUGUUAUUAUGCAUAGCGUAUAUGUUCACAGCUUUAUCAGCUGUAGGAUCAUACUGCAUUGCUGGAGAAUAUUUAAUGUCGCAGGCAAAUAUUUUUCGAUUUUUUGCAUAUUUCUUGAAGUGAAUUAUAAUUUAUACAACUUGUUUGCAGGGUUCAUUAAUCUUUGAAAAACUGUAUGAUUGUCCUUGGUAUAAAUUCAAGCCAGUUGAUACUAAAACAUUUAUUAUCAUGUUGAUGAAAAGUCGUCAUUCAGUGACUAUUACUGCUGGAAACUUUGGCGAUCUUUCACUCGUAUACUUCACGAACAUUAUAAAAACAUCGGUAUCUUAUUUAUCAUUGGUGCGAGCUGCUACUAAUUAGAUAAUGAUAUUUUGAUUAAUGUUAAAUAAAGGAUUCUUAUUUUGCCAUUAUAUUAUGGAAAAUCAAAGUGCACAAAGUAAUGCAUCAAGAAUAAUGUAUGAUAGACUUUUAUUUUCUACAUUAUCUUCAUGGAAGAACGACAGUAUCGGUCGUGGAAGAGUUUCCAACUUCUCCGUCUAGAUGUCGCCACUCACAUCGUACAGAAGUCUUCUGCAAUGCAACUUUAACUGGGCUUCAAUUUUUAACAAAAAAUAUUUUAAAUGAAUAAAUCACAUACUUUUAAAUAA